AGUUUCCAGGUGAUCUACAAUUUUGCAUUAUUGCGUGCCGUCGGCAGUGGGGAGGGCGUGCAAGAAUAUGGGACACACAACAUCGCUCAAUUCGCAAAGUGACUGUGCGCUGUACUGGUUAGCAAGUGCUAUGCAGUGUGCAAGCGCGUUCCUGUAAACAGACUCAAUGGUUUAAAUAUUGUGUUUUUUACAUCACAUUUACAUUUACAACUUCUUCCUGUUUACAAAAAGGAGCCUUUAUUGGGUUUUGAUUGCUACAAAAAACAACAACAACAACACCAACAAAAAGGAAUCUACUUCGCUUGUCGACGGGAUACUUGGGGACAUUGCAUUCAGUCCAAGACUAUGAAUCUCCUUAUGGCCGUUGGCUGUGGGUCAGACUCCUGAGGCAUGGCCAGGGUUCGAGCCACUCGGGCCGGGCCGCUGCGGUGAUGCCACGCCUCUAGGUGGAUCCGGCCCCGCCCCCCACCCCAGUGCCCACCUCAGCAAUGUGGGCACAUCCUACCGCUGUCUUCCUCACUGUCUUCAUCCUGUGCAGAACACAGCUUACGGCCGGGAAGACCGUGAAAGACACCGUGGAGGAAUGGAGCAAAUAUCGGACUGAAUGCCUGCUGAAAAUGAGCGUGGACCCCACCCCCUCAGGGUUAUUCUGUCGCCGUAUGUUUGACAUGUACGCCUGCUGGACUGACGGACAGCCCAACACGACGGUCCGAGUUCCGUGCCCCUGGUACCUCCCCUGGCACGAUCAAGUGCGUCAUGGCUUCGUGCUCCGUGAGUGUGGGCCGGACGGGCGGUGGGCCACCAACAGCACCAGCCUCACCUGGCGGGACCACUCCCAGUGUAGCGCGGACGACAGCCAGCAAACCGCACAGGAGAACCAGAUGAUGAUCUUGGCCUACUUCAAAGUGAUGUACACUGUGGGCUAUUCCCUCUCACUCAGCAGUCUCACCCUUGCCCUUGUCAUCCUGCUGAUUUUCAGGAAGCUGAGGUGUACUCGAAAUUACAUUCACACCAACCUCUUCAUCUCCUUCAUCCUGCGAGCAAUCUCCAUCCUCACACGGGACGCCCUGCUCAGGAGGGACACCCCGGAGUUCCGGGACGACCGCGACGUGUCCAACGUGCUGAGCGAUAAGGCUCUGUCAGGUUGCCGGGUGGCCCUGGUACUCAUGCAGUACUGCGUCGGGGCCAACUACUUCUGGCUGCUGGUGGAGGGGCUGUACCUGCACAACCUCCUGGUGCUCAUGGUGUUCUCUGAGAACAGCUACUUCUCUGGGUACCUUGUCGUCGGCUGGGGGACCCCUGUCCUAUUUGUGGUCCCCUGGAUUGUGGUGCGGUACCUAUAUGAAAAUACAGGGUGCUGGGAGAUAAACGAGAACAUGGCUUACUGGUGGAUCAUCCGGUCCCCUAUUUUACUGGCCAUUUUGGUCAACUUUUUCAUAUUUAUUCGAAUUAUACAAAUCCUGGUCUCCAAAUUGAAAGCACACCAGAUGAGGUACACCGAUUACAAAUUCAGGCUGGCCAAAUCCACCCUGACCCUCAUCCCCUUGCUGGGCAUUCAUGAGGUGGUAUUUGCUGUCAUGACUGAGGAGCAGAUGGAGGGGACGCUUCGAAAUGUCUACCUCUUCUUUGAGCUCUUCUUCAACUCCUUUCAGGGGUUUUUUGUGGCCAUCCUGUACUGUUUCGUCAAUAAGGAGGUGCAGUCAGAGAUUAAGAAGAAAUGGCAGAGGUGGAGGCUGGGCAUGAGCAUUUUGGACGAGCAGCGUAACACCUGCAGCAACACGCCACAAGGGGGCGCCAGCGGCUCCCUUUGCCAGCAUGAGCCUCCCUGCCAGCCGGGCGCAGAGCACCCCGACUGCCAAACGGAGUCGCAGAAAUUCACUUCGGACCUCUCCGCACCGAGCCAGCCCCACCCUGACUCAGACCCUGACCCCCACCCCCACCCCCACCCCCACCCCGGGGCCAAGAAGGGAAAGACCUACUGCUACAUCUCUGCAUUCAAGCAGGAGCCCAACGGAAGGGAGGGGCAGCAGCAGGGCAGCAGCGGGGAGGAGAGCGCCGCCAUGCGCUACUCUGAGAGCUACUGCUGAGCAGACCACUGCGCCCAGUACAGCCACACCUGCACCCAUUACAGCCACACCAGCACUGGGACCACUGCACCCAGUACAGCCACACCUGCACCCAGUACAGCCACACCAGCACUGGGACCACUGCACCCAGUACAGCCACACCUGCACCCAGUACAGCCACACCUGCAUUGGGACCACUGCACCCAGUACAGUCACACCUGCACCCAGUACAGCCACACCUGCGCCCAGUACAGCCACACCUGCACCCAGUACAGCCACACCUGCGCCCAGUACAGCCACACCUGCACUGGGACCACUGCACCCAGUACAGCCACACCUGCACCUAGUACAGCCACUCCUGCACCCAGUACAGCCACACCUGCAUUGGGACCACUGCACCCAGUACAGUCACACCUGCACCCAGUACAGCCACACCUGCACUGGGACCACUGCACCCAGUACAGCCACACCUGCACUGGGACCACUGCACCCAGUACAGCCACACCUGCGCCCAGUACAGCCACACCUGCACUGGGACCACUGCACCCAGUACAGCCACACCUGUGCCCAGUACAGCCACACCUGCACCCAGUACAGCCACACCUGCACUGGGACCACUGCACCCAGUACAGCCACACCUGCGCCCAGUACAGCCACACCUGCACCCAGUACAGCCACACCUGCACUG